UCUGGGUUGCAGAAGCGGGGUUACAGUUGUUGAGGGUGCUGUGAAGACGUACUGUACAGGCACGGCAGAAAGACGCUUUUGGGGUUUGAUUGGAGUCGAGACCGUGUCUCAGUUCCCGUAACCCCCCUACCGGAGCACAGCAGUACCAGCCCGACACCCUCCUCGCCCCCCAGUUACUGCCGCCUAGGUGUCACCAAAACCGGGCACCAGGGAGAGCCACACCGAACACACAGCUCCACUUGUUUUUUUUUUUUUUUUUAAACCCGGCAGUAGUUUUGCAGUGCCUAUCCCCAGUUUUAUGGUUAUGGAGCUACUGUGUUUAGAGGACAGCUGUUUCAGUCAACCGCGACAUCCCGCCGGUGGGAGCCGGACUGUGCCGGUACUCCGUGCGAAAUCGGACCCGACAUUGCUCGAGGACGAACGGGUCCUCCGGAACCUUCUCUCCCUGGAAGAGAAGCUCCCGCGGCGGCCCGCCUGCUUCGGCAGCGUCCAGCGAGAGAUACAGCCGGGUAUGCGGAGGUUACUAGCGCUGUGGAUGAUACAGGUGUGCGAGGAUCAGAAAUGCGAGGAGGAGGUGUUUCCGGUGGCCAUGAAUUACCUGGACAGGUACCUGUGCUGCACACCUGUGGGGAAGGAGCACCUGCAGCUGCUGGGGACCGUCUGCAUGUUCCUGGCCUCCAAACUCCGCGAGACAGUCCCCCUGACCGCAGAGAAACUCUCCAUCUACUCGGACAGCGCGGUCUCUGUGCGCGAGCUGCUGGACUGGGAGCUGGUGGUCGCUGGCAAGCUGAAGUGGGACCUGGCGUCCGUGGUGGCUAGCGACUUCCUGGAACUCAUUCUUCAGAGGCUGCCCCCCAUGCCCAGUGCCAAGCUGGCCCUGGUCCACAAGCACGCCCACGUCUUCAUUGCCAUGUGUGCCAUAGAUUUGAAGUUCUGGAUGUGCCCGCCCUCCAUGAUCGCGUCGGGCAGCGUUGCAGCUGCGAUUCGAGGGCUUGAGAUCCCAGAGCCCGCCCUCUCCAAUGACUCGCUGCUGGAGCGGCUCGCUACAAUCACAGCGACUGACGUGGACUGCCUGCGAUCCUGCCUGGAGCAAAUAGAGAACGCACUCCAAUACAACCUGCCCAAGGAGGGCAGCCUGUCGGAGAGCCCUGAGCAAAGCACCCCCAGGACCCCCACCGAUCUCUGGGAUGUGCUUCUAUCCCCCAGCCCAACCAGGGAGCUGGAGGCUGGGGAGGAUUCUGUACCCACUGCCUGAUGCACCCGGGGGAGAGACACGGAGAAACAACUGUGAAGGCUGCUGUUACUGCACAAGCACUGUCAGGGUGCAGGACUGAGAAUGAAAGCUACAACGUUUUGUAGCGUGCUGUUCCUGUUACAUCAGUCCUGCCCCAAUUUUUAGGGGGAGUGGUCAUCUCACCCCCACUAGUCAAUGCACUGAAGUUGUUUUUGUUUUUGCUGUUGUGCCAAUGUUUUAUAGCUUCAGAAAAAAAAGGCUGUAUUCAAUUUUGAAUUUUUGUAUUGGUUGGCUUUUGUUUUUGUAAAGCCAUUGUUCUCUGAGAAGUUUAGGGUUUACGCUGCAGAGAGCUGCUGUUUCCCAUGAGCCUGCCCGAGUGCUGUAAUACCCAGCCAGGGCCAAUCUAGCAGCGGUCUGGGUGCUCUGUUUAUAAAAGGACAUCCCAUCUCAUCUCUUACACUGCCUCACAAGUGUCUGCUGCAUAUCAACAUAGUUCUGAACCAAAAAAAAAAAAAAAUGCUGCUUCUGUUUGAGGUUUCAAAAUGAAAUGAAUAAAAACAAUUAAAAAUAAGCUGGCCAGUCAUUGCACUUCUUUUUGUGUCUGUCUCAGUUUCUUGCAGAACAGUCUAUACACGGUACCUGAAACCUGUUUGUUUUUAAACGCACUGUUAGUUCCACUUUUAAUCAGACCUGUGUGUUAGUGGGAUU